AUGGUCGGCUUCCUUGGUAUGACGGGCAAGGCCCUGUCUAUCGCUCAGAUCGCACUGGUCGUCGCUCCUUCUUUCAUUCUGUUCGGUUACAACCAGUCUGGUCUCGGCCCACUGCUGUCCGAGGAGAACUGGAGACACCAAUUCCCUCAAAUCGACACUGUCGACUUCAAGGGUGAGACUAAGUCCCACCACGCUACUCUUCAAGGUCUCGUUGUCGCAACCUUCACACUUGGUGCGCUGGUUGGAGCAUUGAGCUGUAGUUACACCGGUACCCUUCUCGGAAGACGUUGGGUCAUCUUCAUCGGUGCUCUUUGUACUCUCAUUGGUGAAGCCAUUGAGUGCUCCGCUUUUGAACUCGCUCAACUCAUCGUUGGCCGUAUCAUCAUUGGUCUUGGUGUUGGUCAACUUUCGGCCACCGUGCCCGUCUGGCAAUCAGAAUGCUCAUCCGCCAAGAAUCGUGGUAAGCACGUUGUCCUUGACGGCAUGUUCAUCUCGCUUGGUUACACUCUCGAAUCAUGGAUCGACUUUGGCUUCUUCACCCUCAAGACUGGAUCUGUCACCUGGCGUCCUCCGAUUGCCAUCGCCCUGUUCUUCUCGCUCAUUGUUCUGUUCUCAAUCUGGUUCUUCCCUGAGUCACCCCGCUGGCUCCUCGCCAACAACCGCGGUCAGGAAGCUCGUGAGAACUUGUCUGCUCUCAAGGGUCUCCCAAUUGACGCUCCCGAGAUUGAAGCUGAAUGUGUCGGUAUUGAGCUUUCUCUCGAGGAUUCCUCGAACAAGGCUGCCUCUUUCAAGGACCUGUUCAGUAUGGGCGAGGACAAGCUCGCCUACCGUUUCGGUCUCUGUAUCUUGCUUCAGUUCUUCCAACAGAUGUCCGGAACCAACCUCAUCUCUGUCUAUGCAUCUGUCAUCUUCCAACAGGGUCUUGGUAUGGAUGCUUACAACUCCAAGCUUUUGUCUGCCGGUACUCUGACCUGGAAGUUCUUGUCCUGCUUUGUUGCCUUCUUCUGCAUCGAUCGCUUCGGUCGUCGCGUCUGUUUCAUAGUCUCUGGAGCUGGCAUGGCUAUGUGCAUGGUCGCUUUGGCUGUUGCAACUUCGUUCCACGACAACUAUGGUGCAUCUAUCGCCGCCGCAUUCUUCGUCUACCUUUUCUGCUUCUUCACACCCAUCGGUUUCCUCGGCGCCAACUUUUUGUAUUGUACAGAAGUUAGCCCCACGCGUCUUCGCGUGGCCAUGGCCUCAAUCUCUACGGCUAACCACUGGCUCUGGAAUUUCGCAGUUGCAAUGAUUACGCCAGUCGCAAUCAACAAUAUCGGCUAUAAAUACUAUAUCGUAUAUGCCUGCAUCGGAUCUUGCAUUCCCAUCUCAGUUUACUUCCUUUAUCCUGAAACCAAAGGCCGAUCGCUUGAGGAGCUGGAUACUAUCUUCAAAGAUAGUCCCUCGGUCCUAGCCACCGUCAAGUACGCUAAAUACAAGCCUGUACUAGGUGCGGAUGAAGUCCCUUAUAGCAAGACUGAAGACGUCAAUUUCGAGGAGAAGGUCUGA